GGUCCCCUUAUUCUAACCUCUCUCGAGGAGCUAGCCAAGGGUUCCGUAAGAAUCCCCCGCCCCGCCGAUGCUGCAAAGCGUUGCGGAGGAGGGCGCGAGGAGCGCGCGAUUGCUUGAUGGCGAAGAGGACAAAGGCGUGUGCCGCCUGUGCCUCCGCCAGUGGCGGCUGUCGCUGGGCCUGGGGACUUUGUGCCUGGCGGACCUCGGCGCGGCGCUGGCGCUGGCGAGCUUCGGGCGCCUCGACGUGCUGAUCAUCAGCCUCCUGCGGGGCGCCCUCCUCAUCUUUUGCUUCGCCCUGGCGACAAAGCUCGGCCUAGGCGUGUGGCGCUGCGGCGCGGAAGAUGGGCACCAGGAGAACGGCACUCACACAGGCGCGCAGCCGGAGUCCGAGCUGGACAGGCAGCGUGCGGCCGUGACCGCCCGCGAGGCGAAUAGUUGGAAGAGGAACCUCGUGCUGGGGCUGAGCUUCCUGGGGGUGACGCUGCAGUCCACCUACACCGGGGUGCAGGUCCUGGCCACCGAGGGCGAGACGGCGCUGGAAGCGUGCUGCUUCACGCUGGUGGUGGCGUGCAUGAACGCGGAGUUUUUGGUGAUGAAGCUCUUGGUGGAGCGGCUCACGGAGGAGGAGGGCGUGUUGCUGCAGGGCCUCCAUGAGCACAGGCUCUACUACCAGCGUGUGGCGGAGAUCGCCUUCUGCAAGAUCUGCCGGGAGCGCAUUGGUCCGAGAACCGGCGGCUUAGAGGGCUUCAAGUGCAAGGAGUGCGAGGGCGGCGGGGGCCGAGGCGGCCCUGGCGGCGGCGGGCCGAAUCAGAACUUUUGGGUCUGCCUGCAGUGCUACCGAAAGCAGCAGAGCGGCAACAGCCAGGAGGGCAUCCUCCGCGGUGACAAGGGUCCAAAGUAUGUCCCAGAGCUCACCAGUUGGCAGUACUUCUGGCGCGCCGUGGAGCUGUGCCGGCCCUUUCGCUGCGUGCUGCAGUGUGCUGUGGCGUGCACCUGCAUCACCCAGCUGGGCCGCGUGCUGCUGCCCAACUUCCAGGGGCAGAUCAUCAACAGCCUCAUCGCCUUCGACCGCAAGGAGUUUGAGCCCUUGCUGCUGACCUUCAUCUUGGUGUCUGUGGGCACCAUGCUGUUUGGCUCCAUCCAGAGUGUGUGCGUGGAGAUCGUUCAGCGAAGGAUCACUUGCGACAUCCGGUCGGUGACCUUCGAGAGCCUGGUGAAGCAGGACAUCGCCUUCUUCGACGGGACCAUGACAGGCCAGCUCACCUCCCGCAUGACCAAUGACGUGGCCGCGGUGGUGCAGCCGGUGCGGCAGAUCAUGAACACGCUGCUGACCAACAUACUGCGGCUCUGCGGCGGGCUCUUCAUGUGUUUGUUCACCUCCUGGAAGCUCACGGUGCUGGCCGCCACGAUGAUUGGGCCCGUGGUGUACCUCACCGGGGUCUACGCCAAGUGGUCCAAGCAGGUGAACAUGCGGAUCCGCGUCUCCAUGGCGGACGCCAACGCCGUGUCCACGGAGGCGCUGAGGAACAUCCGCACCGUGCGGUCCUUUGGGGCGGACCCCCUGGAAGUGGCGGCUUUUCAGCAGCACAUGACGGAGGCCCUGCAGAAUGGCAUGAAGGAUGCCUAUGCCUCCGCCGGGGUGUCGGCCAUCACCCAGUACCUGGACUUUGCGGCCACCAUCCUCAUCCUUUGGUACGGAGGCUAUGCGGUUCUCGGAGAUGGUCAAACCGAUCUCAAGAUCGGGAACCUCAUCACGUUCAACCUCUACUGGAACAUGCUGAAUUCCUCCAUCACGGGGCUGAACGGCAUGCUCAACACCCUGGUCAAGGCCGCCUCCGCGGCUCAGCGGGUGUUCGAGAUCAUCGACCUGCAGCCGGACAUCCCCUCGGAGGAGGGGCACCUGGGCGUGUCCGGCGAGGGGCCCUGCAGCCUCGCCUUCGAGGGGGUGAGAUUCUUCUACCCCAUGCGUCCGGACACCAUGGUCUUGGAUGGCCUCGACUUCAGCGUAGGUGCUGGCCAGACCGUAGCCAUGGUGGGGCGCAGCGGGGCCGGCAAGAGCACGUUGGUGGGCCUGAUGCUGCGCUUCUACGACCCCAAGGGCGGCCGAGUGCUGCUGAACGGCACGCCCCUCACGGAGUACAACCUGCGGCUCUACCGGCAGAAGGUGGGUGUCGUCUCCCAGGACACACAGGUCUUCUGUCGCUCCAUCCUGGAGAACCUCACCUAUGGCCUCGAGCCAGGGGAGGCGAAGAUGGCGGACAUCGAGCGGGCGGCGAAGGCGGCCAGCUGCCACGAGUUCAUCCAGGAGUUGGAGGAGGGCUACCAGUCCAUGAUAGGUGAGGGCGGCACUCGUCUCAGCGGGGGCCAGCGGCAACGCGUGGCCAUCGCCCGGGCGCUGCUGCGGAAGCCCAAGCUGCUGCUGCUGGACGAGGCGACCUCAGCCCUGGCGCCUGGGCACGGAAGUGUCAAGCGCGCGCGCACGCGGGAGGACGCGGAGAACGAGGGCCGUGUACAGGAGGCCCUGGACGACUUGGUGCACUCGGUGCACGGGAGCUGCUCGGUGGUGCUCAUCGCGCACCGCUUGUCCACCGUGAUGGGCGCGGAUAAGAUCGUGGUGCUGGACAGGGGCCGCAUGGUGGAGCAAGGGACCCACGAGGAGCUCUUGAAGAACAACCAGAUCUAUGCCGGCCUGGUGCAGAGGCAGUUGGCCAGGGACGCGAAGGCGGAAGGCGCGGAAGGCGCGGAAGGCGCGGAAGGCGACGAGGCGCCGAGCCCGGAGGAUGCCAAGCCGAAGGGCAAGGGCAAGGGCAGAGGAAAGAAAGGCGAGCGCCAGCGUGCAGGCUCCAUCGAGGAGCUGUUCGAGAAGGGCAGCUGAGCAGUGAGAGCUCCGCCCGCCCGGGGAAAGGGUCAAAGGCCCUAGGCCCGCGUGGCCGUCCUCGGCCUUGAGACGGUGGCGUUUCGAAGCUUACCAUGUAGUAGGUGAUAUUACGCGCGCGAAUAGAAGAAUA